AUGGCGGUUUGUUUUCAGCAGCAGCAACAAAGCAAUGAAGAUGAUUCUGCCAUAUUCUUCUCAACCUCAGAUUCCCAUGAAGAAUCCACCACAAGUCCUUCCUCUUUCUACUACUCUCCACCUUCCCAUCUCACCAAAACCACUUACAAACUCACUGUCACAAAUCUCUCCUAUACUAAUCAUCCAAACAUCUCAAUACCCUUUUCCUUUUUUCCCUUCCUCCACAAGCCUAAGCCCAUUUGCAUACUCAAAUCCGUCUCUUUCACCGCCAAGAGCUCCGAAAUUCUCGCUGUUGUUGGCCCUAGCGGCACCGGGAAAUCCACUCUCCUCGGCGUGAUCUCAGGAAGAGUAAUCCAAGAUAAGCACUUUGAUCCCAAGACCAUCUCAAUCAAUGAUCAUUUUGUAAGUGAUCCUGCCCAAUUGAGGAAGAUUUGUGGAUUUGUCGCGCAAGAAGAUAAUCUUCUGCCUCUGCUGACAGUGAAAGAAACAUUUAUGUUCAGUGCCAAGUUUAGGCUUAGAGGAAUGAGCACCAAAGAGAGAGAAGCAAGAGUUGAGAGGCUGAUGAUGGAGCUUGGCCUUCUGAAUGUGGCUGACUCUUUUGUUGGAGACGAAGAGAACAGAGGCAUAUCGGGUGGAGAGCGAAAGAGGGUUUCAAUCGGCAUGGAAAUGAUUCAGGAUCCGCCGAUUUUGCUCCUUGAUGAGCCUACUUCAGGCCUAGAUAGCACUUCAGCUCUUCAAGUUAUUGAGCUUCUAUCAGUGGUGGCUAGAACAAAGCAAAGAACUAUCAUUCUUUCGAUCCACCAACCAAGCUAUAGAAUCAUUCAAUAUGUCUCAAACUUCUUAAUCCUCUCUAGAGGCUCGGUUGUUCAUAAUGGUAACCUUGAAUCUCUUGAGGACACCAUAACCAAACUUGGAAUGCAGAUUCCGAUACAACUAAACGCGCUAGAGUUCGCCAUGGAAAUAAUCCGAACACUAGAAGAUCAUUCACAUUCCAAAGCAUACAAUUCUGAUGUUGAAUUACUUGGUGAGCCAUUCUCACACCCCUUGUGGGCAGACCAAGAAAACCUUGGUGAUGUUCAACAACAAAACGGGAAACAAAAGAUGGGUGGUUCUUGCUUCUCGAACUUUUUCGAGAUCAUGUAUCUUUGCUCCAGAUUUUGGAAGAUCAUUUACAGGACAAAACAGCUGUUUCUUGCUAGAACAAUGCAGGCCCUUGUUGGGGGAUUUGGGUUGGGAAGUGUGUACACAAAAUUGAGAAAAGAUGAAGGAGGAAUAUCUGAAAGAUUGGGCCUUUUCGCAUUUAGUCUCAGCUUUCUUCUCUCCUCAACAGUUGAGGCACUUCCAAUAUAUCUCCAAGAGAGAAGAGUUCUUAUGAAGGAAGCCUCAAGAGGAGCCUAUCGAAUCUCUUCCUACAUGAUUGCCAACACCAUUGUUUUCUUGCCCUUCUUGUUUGCUGUGGCUAUUCUCUUUGCUGUUCCUGUUUAUUGGAUUGUAGGACUAAAUCCCUCCUUUUAUGCUUUUGCAUUCUUUACUUUUGUUGUUUGGCUCAUUGUCUUGAUGGCUAGUUCUCUAGUCCUCUUCCUAAGCGCGGUUUCGCCCGAUUUCAUAUCGGGGAAUUCUCUCAUCUGCACGGUUCUCGGGGCAUUCUUUCUCUUCUCCGGUUACUUCAUCCCCAAGGAAAGCAUACCAAAGUAUUGGCUUUUCAUGUACUAUGUUUCUCUCUAUAGGUACCCACUUGACACCUUGCUCACAAAUGAGUAUUGGAGGGUGAGAAAUGAGUGUUUCUCUUGGCAUGUGAUUGAGGGAAAUCAGCCACCAAAGUGCUUGCUCACUGGAAAUGAUGUGUUGAAAAGUAGAGGAUUGGAAAAAGAUCCUAGAUGGAUCAAUGUUGGAAUCAUGUUUGGAUUCUUUGUGUUCUAUCGUGUGCUUUGUUGGAUAAUUCUUUCUCGGAGGGCUUCAAAAACGACACUGUAA